CAGCCAAGCAGAAGGGGGUCGUGAGCUGCCCGAGGAGCCGGCAGCUGGGAGCCCGGACGAUCCAGCCUCGCUCCCAGCUCACCCGCAAGAUGUGGACAGCCCUUGUGCUCGUCUGGGUUUUCUGCUCGUUCCUCUCUAAAAGCCAAGUGACAUCACAUUCUUCAGGGUACUCGGUCCCUAACGAGAGGUGGAGUCGUUCCGUCCAGAACAGCACAGCCCGGGAAGCCGUGGCAAGGGCUGAGAAUGGAACGACUGAGAGAACAAUCGUGGGGACACCUUCUCCUGUCACAUUAACUAAAGGGACUUUGGUGGCCGACUCCCACUCUACGGAAGUCACAACAGAGACAACGAACAGGACAGAGGCGGGUGUGACAGCAGCCACGGCAGGCCCGACCAUCCUCGUGGCCUCUGGAGCCCCCACAGGGCCCACAUCAUCUGUCCCCACAUCUGCCUCUCAGACUCUACCCGCCGCAGCCACCGGGCACCCACCCCCUAGCACACCCCAUGCACACGUGCCAACAAGUAGCAUGUUACCAGGAACAGCAGCCGUGACGUCAGCCCCGAGUACUAAGACUGUGGCUGCAGCCAGGCCAAGUACACGCGGUCCGCUCAGCACGCACAGGCCUUCCGGGCCCACGACGGGUAACUCCACAGCUGCCCUCACACCCGCCACAAGCCCCCAGGCUCCUAACACACCUGCACAAAGUCCCACCGCCCAGCUAUCAGCGAGCUGGUCUGAGGUUAACAGGACAGGUGGGUCCACACCCAUCCUCUCAGACGCAACCCCCAAGCCCACCACCCUCCCCUCUGUGGCUUGGGUGUCCACGACAACAGCAGGCACAACCAAGGCACCCACAGAGGAGCCACCUGCCAGCACAGCGCCAGCACCUCACUCCAGCCCAGCCCCCGCAGCGAAGGCCACAUCCGCCACAACACAGAUGCCGUCAGACCUCACAUCAUCGACCCGGGGGCCCACGGGGCCAGUAGCAACCCAGACCCCAGGGUGGGUAGGGACGGAAGCCACACUGGGUACUGCUCCUGCAGGGCCAACCCUCUCGAACUCCGGAGACACCAAGGUGCCAGCCACAGAUGCGUGUCCGCUCAGCACCCAAGGCCAGUACCUGGUGGUCACCACCGAGCCCCUGGUCCUGGCCCUGGUGAACAAGGGCAUCCUCUUGGCAGUGCUCCUCCUGGGGGUGACGCUGUUCCUCGCCAUCCUGGUUUUGUUUGCCCUGCAAGCCUACGAGAGCUACAAGAAGAAGGACUAUACACAGAUGGACUAUUUAAUCAACGGAAUGUACGCCGACUCGGAAAUGUGAGGCCAGGGAGGCCGGCUGCAGCCGCUCCUGAGCGGGGGCGGGCGCCAGGCCCGGCCCUGCCCUGUCCUUCCAUUUUGCCUCUGAGACCAAACUUAAGUGCUUCCAAAUUGUUUUGGUGCAAUGUAGAAGAUAGACGAGAUGCUUCCACAUGUAAUUGCUGUCCAGUUAAUUCCAUGAUCACUGAAGACUUGCGGCUUUUUUCGUAUUUAUUUUUGUAAAUGAUCAUGUUGACAGGUACGGGCAAAAAUUCUAAUAGUUCUGCCACCAGGCGGGGCAGGCGGGCUGUUUGGCCCCUGGAGGGGCAGACCCUGACCAGAAUUAAAUCGAGGACACUUCCUUCCCGUUGGCACCGUCUGUCUCCGUUUGUG